UCUUCUUCUUCACCAUCCUCUGUAAAAUAUUUUCUUCCGUCUCACCCUAACGACCUCCGACUAUUGAGAAGUGAGAUCCAAACCGGCUCGGACACACUCUCCCGUCGUUCUCCUGCGCAUUGAGCCGAUUGGAAUUGAAGUUCUCCUUUAUCUGAGCUCUCGCGAGGGGCAAACAGAAUUGCAGAAUUCCUUUGAAUGCGUCUGUUUUCCUCCCCAAAACCCUAGAAUUCUCUCCAUCGAUCUCUCUGCUGUUGGAUCGGGAAAGCAUUUACAGAUUGAGCAAAACUGGAGCAGCUCAAAUCGAUUGGGCGGGAGCUCGCAAUGGGCUCCCAAGGCGGAAUCGGCCAAUCGAAGGAGUUCCUCGAUCUGGUCAAGUCAAUCGGCGAAGCCCGAUCCAAGGCGGAGGAGGACCGCAUAGUCCUCGGCGAGAUCGAAACCCUCAAGCGUCGCCUCGUGGAGCCCGGAAUCCCAAAGCGCAAGAUGAAGGAGUACAUUAUCCGGCUGGUCUACAUUGAGAUGCUCGGCCACGACGCUUCUUUUGGGUACAUCCACGCCGUGAAGAUGACUCACGACGAUAAUUUGUUCCUUAAGCGAACUGGGUACUUGGCGGUCACUCUCUUUCUUAAUGAGGAUCACGAUUUGAUCAUCCUGAUCGUGAACACCAUUCAGAAGGACUUGAAAUCCGAUAACUUCCUGAUCGUUUGCGCUGCAUUGAAUGCGGUCUGUAAGUUGAUCAACGAGGAAACCAUCCCUGCUGUUCUGCCGCAGGUGGUGGAGUUGUUGGGCCAUCAGAAGGAGGCUGUGAGGAAGAAGGCUAUCAUGGCUCUGCAUCGCUUCCAUCAGAAGUCUCCUUCCUCUGUUUCUCACCUCGUCUCCAACUUCCGAAAGAGGCUAUGCGAUAAUGAUCCUGGUGUCAUGGGUGCGACACUUUGCCCUCUUCUAGAUCUUAUAAAUAGAGAUGUUAGCUCGUUCAAGGAUUUGGUGGUCAGUUUUGUCAGCAUACUUAAACAAGUAGCUGAACACAGAUUGCCGAAGGCCUACGAUUAUCAUCAGCUGCCAGCUCCAUUCAUACAGAUAAGGUUGCUGAAAAUUCUGGCACUGCUUGGAAGUGGUGAUAAGCAAUCAAGUGAGCAGAUGUACACGGUUGUGGGUGACAUAUUCAGGAAGUGCGAUUCUUCAAGCAACAUGGGAAAUGCUGUCAUUUAUCAAUGCAUUUGCUGUGUAUCUUCAAUACAUCCUAAUCCUAAGUUGCUAGAAUCUGCUGCUGACCAAAUAGCAAGAUUCUUAAAGAGUGACAGCCAUAAUCUGAAGUAUUUGGGUAUAGAUGCUCUUGGGCGAUUGAUAAAAUUGAGCCCAGAGAUAGCAGAGCAACACCAGCUUGCUGUGAUAGAUUGCUUAGAGGACCCAGAUGAUACCCUAAAGCGAAAAACCUUUGAGCUGCUGCACAAAAUGACAAAGUCCUCCAAUGUGGAAGUCAUUGUUGACCGGAUGAUUGAUUACAUGAUCAGCAUAAAUGACAAUCAUUACAAAACCGAAAUAGUAUCUCGGUGUGUUGAACUUGCAGAGCAAUUUGCACCUAGCAACCAGUGGUUUAUUCAGACCAUGAACAGAGUCUUCGAACAUGCUGGAGAUUUAGUAAACAUUAAGGUCGCCCACAACUUGAUGCGCUUAAUUGCAGAGGGAUUUGGGGAAGAUGAUGAUACUGCAUAUACUCACCUGAGAUCUUCCGCUGUGGACUCGUAUUUGCGAAUUAUAGGAGCACCAAAGCUGCCAUCUGUUUUUCUUCAAGUUAUUUGCUGGGUAUUGGGCGAAUAUGGAACAGCUGAUGGGAAGUAUUCUGCUUCAUAUAUUACUGGGAAGUUGUGUGAUGUGGCUGAGGCAUACUCAAAUGAUGAAACUGUCAAGGCUUAUGCGGUGACGGCACUUAUCAAGAUAUAUGCUUUUGAGAUCGCUGCUGGGAGAAAAGUGGACAUUCUACCAGAGUGCCAAUCCCUGAUUGAAGAAUUGUCAGCUUCCCACUCAACGGACUUGCAACAGCGUGCAUAUGAACUUCAAGCUGUCAUUGCCUUGGAUGCUCAAGCUGUCGAAAACAUCAUGCCGUCAGAUGCAAGUUCUAAAGAGAUUGAGAUUGAUAAAAACCUUCCUUUCCUAAAUGAUCACGUUGAACGUGCAAUAGAAAAAGGAGCUCAACCGUAUAUCCCAGAAAGUGAACGGUCUGGGUUUUCAAAUGCCAGUUACUUGAACAGCCAAGACCUGCACGACAUUCCUCCUUCACAUGGCCUUAGGUUCGAGGCCUAUGAGCUUCCAAAGCAGCCCUCUGUGCCCCUUACAACUCCUCCCAUAUCUAUUGGAUCAUCCAAUGAACUCAUUGCAGUUCCCGAACCGGCCUACGACCGUGGGAAUCAAGCUGCAGUAUCUGUUCCAUCUUCAUCCAAUUCAGGACCUGCAGAGGUCAAGUUACGACUCGAUGGGGUUCAAAAAAAGUGGGGUCGGCCAACUUACUCAUCUUCGUCACCCUCCCCAAGUGCUGCUCCUUCACAGGAUACUGUUAAUGGGCUAACUGUAUCGAAUGGAGCAACAUCAGUUACUCCUGCUAUUUCUAAAGGACGAGAAACUACUUAUGAACCAACAAGGAAGUCACAAGUAGUAGAAAUAUCUCCAGAGAAGCAGAAGCUUGCAGCAUCACUGUUUGGAGGUUCAUCAAAACAAGAAAGGAAGUCGUCUUUAGGUGGGGGCCACAAGACUGCAGCCAAGCCAAGUGGUGGCCAUGGAGCCGAGACGUCGGUUAAGAAGAUGGCUGUCCCUGCUCAGCAGCCACCACCUCCAGAUUUGCUCGACUUGGGUGAAACAACUGUAGCAACCUCGGGUCCGUUGAUUGACCCAUUUAAGCAGUUGGAGGGGCUACUCGACAUGGUUGAGCCAACUUCAUCUACCAACAAUCAUGGUGAUGUCAAUGCCACGAAAGUACCAGAUGUUAUGGCCUCUUUUGGUGACACCGCUACUGCAGUUGAGCACGGGGGCAAUCAUUUCUCGAGUAUUGAGGAUGUCGAUAAUCUUAUGUCCGGUUUGUCAUCUGCAACAACAGAUGUGUCCUCUGAUGGAGGGAUUGCAACUCCGCAAUCGACUGCCCAAAUCAGUAAAGGUCCGAACCUUAAAGAUGCCUUGCAGAAGGAUGCAUUGGUAAGGCAGAUGGGUGUGAACCCAUCAAGUCAAAACCCCAACUUGUUCAAGGAUUUGCUUGGCUGAGAGUUUGAGAUCUGAUGUAGUCUUCUUGGCUCAUCAAAGCUCGAGAUCACUUCGUACAUUCACUACUCAUUAUGCACUGGUGACGGGCAAUGCAUUUCAAAGUGCCUACUCAGAGCAGAACAGGGGAGGAGCUUGCCGAUAAACGAGAGCUCUAUGCUGUCGCCACGCCUUGCCAUGGGGAGAGAGAGUGUGGCUGGUUGGUUGAAGAUCAGGUACAGGUUUUUGUGUAUUUUGGUGGUGUGUGGACAAAGAGAGUAUAGUGAGUUUGUCUUUGGUUUGUUGAUCAAGAAACAGGGAAGUUACCACUAGUGUACAUGAUUGAGUGGGGAUGGAUUCAUUCAUUCCCCACAGUUUUUGGCCUGAAAUUUGUGGCGGAGCAGAGCUCGUUUUGAUCGGGGCAGCUUUCUCUCAAUGGAUUCCUGGCUUCUUUUCCUUGUAUCUCUACCAUGUAUGCUUGUGUUGCUCUUUCUCUUUGUUUCACCCAAAUUGACUUUCCAUUGGGACCUAAAAGCUCAUAUAAUAAUGCAAUCACCGGAUAGUUAUAUUCGUUGUUCGUCUCUCUGUUUUCUGCAUCAAGAUUUGUCUUGUAAGUCAA